UCAAGAGGAUCGUUCAGUACUACCUCCAUUGAGGAUAUCACCUCCACCGAGGAGAGCACGUCCAGCGAGGAUGUCACCUCCGUUGAGAAGAUCACGUCCAGCUACGCCAGAGGUUCAGAUGCCUGAGUCCAGCGUUGAUCGAGAUAGAGAGGGCCGUCCAGUAUCACCUCCUGCACCUAGUCCCCGUGCUUCGACGAUUGAUUUGUUCGAACUCUUGAUGGAGAUGAGAGGAGACAUGGCAGAGUUACGGGAUAAUGUCGUGACACUACGAGCUGAGUUCGGAGACAUGACACAGUUACGAUAUGAUGUCGGGAUGUUACGAUCUGGGUUAGGAGACCUUCAUGCUGAGGUUGCAGCGAUACGGGGUGAUAUAGCAGGCCUGCGUGAGACGAGCGAUUAUCGAGAUGGAGGAGGUAGCGGAGGGACAUGUCACUAUCGGGACGGAGGGGGUGACGAAGGGAUUGGUGGCUAUCGAGACGGAGGGACUGGCGGUUAUCGGGACGGAGGGGUCGGUGGUUAUCAGGGGGGAGGGGGUCAGAUGAGGUAUGUUGACUCAUCGUGGCCAUCAGUUGCUACAUUUGAUUUAUUUUUAAAUGACACGAUGGGGAUGGAGGAGCGAGAGAGGAUACCUAUGGUGGAGGGGGUGCCUGUGCAGGAUAUACUUGAGGACGUGGAGGGGGUACCCGAGGAGGAGAGGGUACCGGAGAUGGCGGUAGAGGUGGUACUCAAGAUGACGUCACCCGAUGCAGAGGGGAUACCCGAGGAAGUGGGAGUGCCCGUGCAGGGGAUACCCGAGGACGUCGAGGGAGCAUCAGAGGUGGAGGUGGUGGUGGUACCCGUGCAGGGGAUACCUAAGGAUGCCGAGGGGGCACUGGAGGAGGAUAGGGUACUGGAGGUGGAGAUGGUACCCAUGCACGGGAUACCCGGGGAUGUCGAGGGGGCACCGGAGGAGGAGAGGGUACCGGAGGUGGAGGUGGUACCCGAGAAAAUGCCAGACUCGCCGGACGUGGUCUUUGUGUCGGAGGAGGUGGUCCCGAUAGCGGGCGAGGGGUCGUCCCGAUGGCUGGGGAGAUGGAGAUUCCCGAGACGUAUGAGGAGAGGACGAUGGCUGUUGACAUGGUGGAGCGGGUGGUCGGCAAGAGGCCAAGGGUGCCAUCAUAGUAUGUUCUUUCUCCCUUUACCGCGGAGGCGAAGGGGAGAAGGUUCGUCGACGGGACGCACCCGAAUUUAUUCAGGGAGGUGGACCACGCCAAGUGGAAAGCCUUUGAGAUAGAGUGGAGAGCACUGCAGCAUGGGUAAGUUUUGUAUUUUAUAUAAUUAGUAUAGUACG